AAGAAAUCUAAAACCCUACCCACGCCCUCCAUUUGUGUAAAGACAGCAGCAACAAUCUUCUCUUUCUAUAUAAACCGCUAACCCUAAUUUCUUACACCUUCACACAGCUGCUUAGCCACUCUCAACUUUCGUCUCAACCCUUUCCUUCUUCCGCCGAUUAUUUCACUGAUUCUUCGACAAUCAAUCAAAACCCUACAAGGAAAUUUUCGAAGGCCAAUUCACCAUGUCAGAUGAUGAGAGAGAUGAGAAGGAGUUGGAUCUCACUUCUCCUGAUGUUGUAACCAAGUACAAGAGUGCAGCAGAAAUCGUUAACAAGGCUUUGCAGUUGGUUAUUUCAGAAUGCAAACCAGAUGUUAAGAUUGUUGACAUUUGCGAGAAAGGGGAUUCAUUUAUUAGAGAGCAAACUGGUAAAUUGUACAAGAAUGUGAAGAAGAAGAUUGAAAGAGGCGUUGCUUUCCCAACAUGCAUAUCUGUAAACAACACUGUCUGCCAUUUCUCUCCUCUCGCCAGCGACGAAACAGUGUUGGAAGUAGGUGAUAUAUUGAAAAUUGAUAUGGCAUGUCAUAUAGAUGGGUUCAUUGCUGCUGUGGCUCAUACUCAUGUUCUUCGGGAGGGACCAGUCACGGGACGCGCUGCUGAUGUAAUUGCGGCGGCAAACACUGCUGCUGAAGUGGCCUUGAGACUAGUAAAGCCAGGAAAGAAGAACCAAGAUGUAACUGAUGCCAUUCAGAAGGUCGCUGCUGCCUAUGAUUGUAGAAUUGUUGAGGGUGUUCUUAGCCACCAAAUGAAGCAGUUUGUGAUUGAUGCAAAUAAGGUUGUGCUAAGUGUAUCUAAUCCGGAUACAAGGGUCGAUGAUGCAGAAUUCGAAGAAAAUGAAGUUUAUGCUAUUGAUAUUGUAGCCAGUACUGGAGAAGGCAAGCCUAAGCUGUUGGAUGAGAAGCAGACAACUAUUUAUAAGAGGGCUGUUGACAGAAGUUAUAACUUGAAGAUGAAAGCAUCGAGAUUUAUUUACAGUGAAAUAAGCCAAAAUUUUCCCAUCAUGCCAUUCUCUGCAAGGGCUUUGGAAGAAAAAAGAGCUCGUCUGGGUUUGGUGGAAUGCAUGAAUCACGAGCUUCUGCAGCCUUAUCCUGUUCUACAUGAAAAGCCUGGUGAUUAUGUUGCACACAUCAAAUUCACGGUCUUGCUAAUGCCAAAUGGAUCAGACCGUAUCACAUCUCAUCCACUCCAGGAAAUUCAGCCUACUAAAACAGUAGAUGAUCCUGAAAUUAAGGCCUGGCUAGCAUUGGGCGUAAAGACAAAGAAGAAGGGUGGUGGAAAGAAGAAGAAAGGUAAGAAGGGGGCUGAAGGUGAAGGUGAAGCUGAUGCAACAAACGAUGCCUCAACCCAAGAGCAAAAUUGAGUCUGCAUAUGAUUUAGCUUUUGUCCCUUUCAAUUUUGUUACAUUUUUCACCUAGUUGUAUCUGCCAGAAUGUAAGUUUAGCAUAGCAUUCCUACAAUGUCAGGAAUUAUCCAUGUCACAUUCCAGUAUACUUUGACAUGAAUGCUGUAUGUCUGUUUAAACAAAAGUGUCUGUUUUUGUUGUGGAGUUUUAUUUAAUGCAAAGUAUAUCAAAUUUAAGAACCAAACUUCUUGUUUA